AUGUCAGAGAAUAGCGCUCACUUCUCGUUUCCAAAGGAGGAAGAGAAAGUUCUCGCUCUUUGGGAUGAAAUCGAUGCUUUUCAUACUUCAUUAGAAUUGACAAAAGACAAACCAGAGUUUUCCUUUUUUGAUGGACCUCCAUUUGCCACUGGUACUCCACAUUACGGUCAUAUCCUUGCUUCCACUAUCAAGGAUAUUGUUCCAAGAUAUGCUACCAUGACAGGCCACCAUGUGGAAAGAAGAUUCGGAUGGGAUACUCACGGUGUUCCAAUUGAACAUAUCAUUGACAAGAAAUUAGGUAUCUCGAGUAAAGAUGAUGUCUUUAAGUAUGGCCUUGAAAACUACAACAAUGAAUGUAGAUCCAUCGUCAUGACUUAUGCCGGUGAUUGGAGAAAAACCAUCGGUCGUUUGGGUCGUUGGAUUGAUUUCGACAAUGAUUACAAGACCAUGUACCCAUCCUUUAUGGAAUCUACGUGGUGGGCUUUCAAGCAACUUCACGAAAAAGGUCAAGUGUACCGUGGGUUCAAAGUUAUGCCUUACUCCACUGGGUUGACCACUCCUUUGAGUAACUUUGAAGCUCAGCAAAACUAUAAAGAUGUCAACGAUCCAGCCGUAACCAUUGGUUUCAACGUUAUUGGCCAAGAAAAAACUCAACUGGUUGCCUGGACUACUACACCAUGGACUUUGCCCUCAAAUCUCUCAUUAUGUGUCAACGCUAACUUCGAAUACGUCAAAAUUUAUGAUGAAACUAGGGAUCGGUAUUUCAUUCUAUUGGAAACGUUGAUCAAAUCCUUAUACAAGAAGCCAAAGAACGAAAAAUACAAGGUUGUGGAAAAAAUCAAAGGUUCUGACCUGGUGGGUUUGAAGUAUGAACCGUUGUUCCCAUAUUUUGCCGAGCAAUUCCGUGAUACAGCCUUUAGAGUUAUUUCUGAUGAUUACGUCAGCAGUGACUCCGGUACCGGUAUUGUUCAUAACGCUCCAGCUUUCGGUGAAGAAGAUAGUGCUGCUUGUUUGAAGAAUGGGAUCAUAUCAGAAGACUCAGUCUUACCAAAUGUUAUCGAUGAUCUCGGUAGAUUCACCGAAGAAGCCCCCGAUUUCCAGGGUGUCUAUGUUAAGGACGCCGAUAAAUUGAUCAUCAAACACUUGACUAAUUCGGGUAAUUUGUUAUUGGCAACUCAAGUGCGCCAUUCUUACCCAUUCUGUUGGAGAUCUGACACCCCAUUAUUAUAUCGUUCCGUCCCAGCCUGGUUUGUUCGUGUCAAGAACAUUGUUCCACAGAUGUUAGACUCUGUAAUGAAAUCUCAUUGGGUUCCAAACGUUAUCAAGGAAAAGAGAUUCGCUAAUUGGAUCGCUAAUGCUCGUGACUGGAACGUUUCCAGAAACAGAUAUUGGGGUACCCCAAUUCCGUUAUGGGUUUCUGAUGAUUUCGAAGAAGUUGUCUGUGUUGGCUCUAUCAAAGAAUUGGAAGAGUUAUCUGGUGUCCCCGGUAUCACUGAUUUGCAUCGUGAUACCAUUGACAAGUUGACAAUCCCAUCGAGGCAAGGUAAGGGUGAUUUGAAGAGAAUUGAAGAAGUCUUUGAUUGUUGGUUCGAAUCAGGUUCUAUGCCAUACGCUUCUCAACAUUAUCCGUUUGAGAACACUGAAAAAUUCGAUCAAAGAGUCCCAGCUAACUUCAUUUCUGAAGGUUUAGAUCAAACAAGGGGAUGGUUCUACACUUUAUCUGUCCUGGGUACACAUCUCUUCGGUGCUGUUCCCUACAAAAACGUCAUCGUCUCUGGUAUUGUCCUAGCUGCCGACGGUAGAAAGAUGUCUAAAUCUUUGAAAAAUUACCCCGAUCCAUCUAUUGUUUUGAACAAAUACGGUGCUGAUGCCCUGAGGUUGUACUUGAUCAAUUCGCCCGUUUUGAAGGCAGAAAGCUUGAAGUUCAAGGAAGAUGGUGUCAAGGAGGUUGUAUCCAAGGUCUUAUUACCAUGGUGGAACUCCUUCAAAUUCUUGGACGGUCAAAUCGCUUUAUUGAAAAAGACAUCCAACAUUGAUUUUAAGUACGAUGAUUCUGUGAAAAGCGAUAACGUCAUGGACAGAUGGAUCUUGGCUUCUAUGCAAUCUCUAGUUCAAUUUAUUCAUCAAGAAAUGGGCCAAUAUAAACUGUACACUGUGGUUCCAAAAUUAUUGAACUUUAUUGAUGAGUUGACCAACUGGUACAUCAGAUUCAAUCGUCGUCGUUUAAAGGGUGAAAGCGGUGUUGACGACUGUUUGAAGGCUUUAAAUUCCUUAUUCGAUGCCUUGUUCACUUUUGCCCGUGCCAUGGCUCCAUUCACUCCAUUCUUAUCAGAAAGUAUUUAUUUGAGAUUAAAGGAGUACAUCCCAGAAUCCAUUUUAUCACAGUACGGUAAAGAUGGAAGAUCGGUUCAUUUCUUGUCCUACCCAGAAGCCAGAAAGGAAUACUUCGAUGAGGCUAUCGAAACUGCAGUUUCCAGAAUGCAAUCCGUUAUUGAUCUGGGUAGAAACAUUCGUGAGAAAAAAACCAUUUCUCUAAAGACACCACUAAAGACUUUGGUCAUUUUACACAGCGACCAAUCAUAUUUGAAGGACGUCGAAGCCUUGAAGAACUAUAUCAUCGAAGAACUAAAUGUUCGCGAUGUUGUUAUCACCUCCGAUGAGGUCAAAUAUGGUGUCGAAUACAAAGCCGUUGCUGACUGGCCAAUUUUGGGUAAGAAGUUGAAAAAGGACGCCAAAAAGGUCAAGGAUGCCCUACCAUCAGUAAAUUCUGAGGAAGUACGGAAAUACUUGGAAAGCGGUAAGUUGGAAGUCGCCGGAAUUGAAUUAGUUAAAGGUGACUUGAACGCCAUUAGAGGUUUGCCAGAAUCUGCAGUUCAAUCCGGUCAAGAAACCAGAACCGACCAAGACGUUUUGAUCAUAUUGGACACCAACAUCUACCCUGAAUUAAAGAGUGAAGGUCUGGCAAGAGAACUGGUCAACAGAAUCCAAAAAUUGAGAAAGAAGUGUGGUUUGGAAGCCACCGACGACGUUUUAGUGGAAUACGAAUUGAUCAAGGACACCAUUGAUUUCGAGGCCCUUGUCAAAGAACAUUUCGAUAUGUUAAGCAAGACCUGUAGAUCCGACAUUGCCAAAUAUGACGGCUCCAAGACAGACCCAAUUGGUGACGAAGAACAAUCUAUUAAUGACACCAUUUUCAAGUUGAAGGUGUUCAAGUUAUGA